AUGCUGCUGCACGUCUUGCUGUGCGUCGCCACUCACGGACCACUCCUCGCAGUGUGCCCCACCACUCUCACCUUUGACCUCCUCGAGAAGGCCCUCCUAGCAGCGGAGAAGAGCAUAGUCGUUGUAGGAGCCUCUCGUGGUGACCCCCGCACCCCUAUCUUUGAGGGGGGUUCUCCCUCCCCCUCCUGCCCUCUGUUGUUUCUGGUGCUGCGGCCGACCUCGUUGGUUUUGAGUCGGUCGGCGCUGCGUCUGCCCCUUCAGGGAAGCGCCGCGCAGGCAAAGGCAAGAGGGGCAAGGGCAGUGGAGGAGCUGGCAGGGGCAGUGGAGGCGGCGGUGGAGGCGGCGGAGGGAGUGGGGGUGGUGGUGGGAGUGGUGGAGGGGGUGGGGGUACCGGUGGCAGCAAUGGAGGCGGAGGCGGAGGCGGUGGUGGCGGAGGGAGCGGAGGCGGCAGUGGUGGCGGAGGUGGCGGCGGUGGCGGAGGCGGCGGAGGUGGCGGAGGUGGCGGUGGAGCUGGUCGCGGCUCUACGCAGAGGAGUGGCUCCGGUGGUGGUCCGCGCCAGCAGCAGCAGCGCGGUCAUGAGACUCUGUCCCCUCAGCAGCUCCGCGAGUGGUACACUGCACGCCAGCGGGGUGGGGGUACUAGUCCGUGCACCUACGUUCUGCGCACAGGCGACCGCGCGCGGUGAGCAGUGUGGGGGUGCGCACCCCACCCAGCGCUGCUUUGGCCGCCUGACGGACGCGUGGUGUCACCAGUUCCCUGAUUCCAUAGAGAUCCCUCGCUGGGGCGAGCUGUCUAGGGCGGGUGUUGCCAUCUUUGAUCUUGACUUUGAUGCUAUUCUUUCUGCCAUGUAUGCUGUGACUAUUAGUGAUGAGGGUGACUGUUACCGGUGUUUCCCGCCCGAUCCGGGCAUUGAGACUGCUGCUCUAGGUACUGGUGAGGCUGCUGCCCUAGGUGCUUGCGAGGCUGCUACUCUAGGUGCUAGUGCGUCUGCGUCCUCAGGUGCUGAUGAGUCUGCUCUCUCAGGUACUGCGUCGGCUUCGGCCUCGCUCACCUUCACCCUUGACUCUAGGGCUUCUCGCUCCUUCUUUCGACACCGCACCACACUCACGCCGCUUGGUCGGCCGGUUGUGGUGUCUCUAGAUGACCCCUCUGGGGGUCGUGUCCUUGCUCACUUCUCCACAGUCCUCCCGUGUCCGGAGGCUCCCUCUGGCACCCUGUCUGGUCUUUACCUCCCCUUGUUCUCUACGAACUUGGUGAGUGGUGCUGACCUACAGGAUGGGGGAGUGCACCAGUUCACUCCUGCGAGUCAGCGGGUAACACACCGCACUGAGGCUCGGACAUGCCAAUACGUGGCCACGUUUACACGUCAGCUAGGGUCGAGCCUGUGUUUUGCUGCUGCGUCCGGGUCUGGUCCUGAGUCUGCCCCCUAUUCGUGUCGUCUCCUGUCUCACGAGAGCUCUCCUUUGGCACCACCGCCUUGGUCACCCCUCUCUGCUUCGUCUCAGAGGCAUGGCUCUCGGCCGUUUUCUUUGGGCGGCAGCGGGCUGCCCCUCACUCCUCCCAGUUUCCUGCGACCAGAGGCCCCGCUGCAGACGCUUCACAUGGACGUGUGGGGCCCAGCCCGCAUCCGUGGACAGGGCCACGAGCGCUACUUUCCUACUGGUGGUUGA